AUGGGACUACUCAUGAACCCAGUAACGGGAUACAACAAACUGAACUCCAGUAUACGAACGUCACUAGCAAAACCCCCAGGGGAACACCAACCCCAGAAAUUCUUUACAAAUGAUUGCAAUGAGGCUCAUAUUGCUACUUUGUUGCCACGUACUAUGAAUGAACUUCAUAAUAUUUUGAAGGCUAACCCCAGAGGAAGGAAAAGACCACAGGGAAUGGAUACUGUGAGUAAAUCCGGGGUAAUAGAUCUUGAUACUGUGCCAGCAUCUCGUUCGAUUACGCCCUCUAUGAAUUCAGUACUUUCACAGAUUAAGAAGUAUAAGGGUGAUACUUGUGAGGUGCCAACGGAAGAUAUAGGUGACGCAACGGAAGACCGGCGAAUACGAGAAGGUGAUCAAUUAGAAAGAAUUUCUUUUGUCCAUGAUUCCACUGCAUUCCAUAAUAAUACCGAUAGUGAAAUCAACGAAACAGAUAAUAAUAUUCAUUCCCUCUCUCUAGAUGUAGAGAAUAAUGCAAAUGGAGAUACCAAAGAUAUUGAUAAAAUCAUAAUACCAAGAAUAAAACUCUUAAAUUUUCAAGACCUUGAUCUUCAUGAUAAUGAGUGGGUGCCAGAGAACCUGAUACAGCUUUAUAAACCAAUUUAUGAAAGACCCAAGGCGAAUAGAUAUACGUUAGAAACUGACGUUCUUGGAGAGCCUAUCCAAAAACCUCAAAUCCUAAAAGAUCUUCCCUCUAAUCAGCGAACAACGAUACCGUCUAUCGCAUCAAAGGAAGCUAUAGUAUACGACCAUACGCAGAUUGAAUUAAAGCCAUGGGCUCCCUUAUCAUCGUCGUAUAAGUUAGAAAUAGAGCCUUGUGUGGACGAGAUUGACGUAAAUGAUUGUCCCUCGGUACCUUUAAGAAGAACAAGACAGCAAAACUUAAAUCCGAACUUCUUACGUCUUUAUUCGAUUGAAAAAUCCUGUCGUUUGAAGAAAAUAUUGCCAGAAAUAAAUAUUGAUGAGAGGGCCCUGGGACAAUUGUCAUAUGACGAUAUUCGUUCUCUUGAUAUAAGUGCCAAUAAUGAAGGGGCAGAUGAAAUAUCAUCGCAUGAUGUGAAACUGGCUCUAAUAACUAAGAAGAAACUAUGGUCUGAAAUGCUUUGUGAAGUUAGGCAAGAUACUUAUGGAGAUUCUUCGCCCUGGAAUUUGAACUUCAUUGCUACUUCUUCUCAUGAUGAUAAUGAUGCGAUUGACAAUGUUACCGCUGUGGACACUGAUGAGUCUCAUAGCAAUGUAGAAGGUGGUAAGGGUGGACAAGAGAGAAGAACUUCUCUUGUAAGACUAUAUUCUGAUUUGAAACCUUGGCUUAAUGAAAACAGAGGAAAUUCAACAACCACAACCAAAUGUAUGUUGAAACCCUGUGGUAAGUUGACCCUGGAUAAGAGAUAUACGAGUCGUAAAUCUGUUUUGAAGAGUCCUGCGCAGGAGAUCCAGUAUGUGGUGAAAGGUUGGUGCGACGACAGAUUCAUUGGUAGGAUGAUGACUGAUUAA